GAAGGCCAUGACGGCUACAGCCGAAUCUUUGAUGACUCAUAGCUAGUCGUCCGCCUUCCAUCAAGUGUAAUCUCGACCGCAGCAACUUUGCAAUGCGCGUUGUUUACUUAUGUAUACAGUGCGAUAAAUACGAUCAUUUUCGAGCGAAUUAUCUAAUUUCUUGUUAUAAUUUUUGAGUUUCUUUUGUAAAACUUUCUUAUUGUUUUGUUUACAUUUUUAUAUUGUUGAAAUUUCACAAUUAUUACUGUUUUUAAACAUCGUUAAAAGAUUUUAGUGUUAGCAAUGCCGGACCGUUGUUGUGUGCCUGCUUGCAAGUCUAAUUAUACAUCAAAAGCUGCUAGUGUCGAGUAUGUCAGUGUUUUUAAAUUUCCUAGAAAUGAGGAAAGGAAGAAAUUGUGGCUACGUAAAAUCCCUCGGCAAAACUUUACACCAUCUAAACAUUCAGUGGUGUGCGAAAAGCAUUUCCAAAAUCAUAUGAUCAUCAGGGAAGAAGAUUUUACAGACUCCAAAGGAAUCACUCAUAAAAUAAAACGAGAACGCCCUAUUUUAACUGAAGAUGCAUAUCCAUGCAUAUUUGAUGGAUGUCCCCCUUAUUUGAGUGAAAUAAAAACUACUCAGAGAUCCAGUAGAGAUGAAAAAAGACUCAAAAUGGACAGUGAGAUGAUUUCAUCAUUUGUGAAAGAUGAUCAGAUUUCUAAUUUUAAGGAAUUUGUGAAUGAAUUUUCUGCAAAGAUGGAAAACUUCUUGCGUAGAGAAAAUCUGCUUGUUUACCAAGCUGAGUCAAAAUUUUUUGUUCUUUAUAUGAGUUAUGAUCCUUCUCCAGUUGUGCUAAAAAGUAUUAUAGUUCACCUGCACCAUAUUUUAAACAGCUCGACUAAAGUAAGUUUAUGGAGUGAACUAGAAAAUGUAUGCAGUUUUAUUUAUAAUUUUUCUGUGGAAAAUAAUGUCGAAUCCUCCAAGGAUAUGUAUUCUGCCGCUGUUGAAGUAUGGGAUCAGUUUGUGCAAGCAGAAGCAUGUGAGGAAUUUUCUUUUGAGGUGUUCGUUUCGGAGCAGUUAAAGCUUCACAAAAAAUCACCAAAUAGUCGAAGGUAUAGUCCUCACUUGACAACGCUAGCCUAUUCUUUGUACAUUAAAUCGGCUGCCUGCUACGAAGAGCUUCGUCAAAGCCAGAUAAUUUAUUUGCCAUCUAUUAGACAUCUAAAACGAUUAACUUCCUUCCUCAGCUUAUCACCAUCUACAAACAAUGUUAAUAAUGUUAGUUACUUAACAAAAAAAUGCCAAAGCCUUUUAGCUCAUGAGAAAACUGUAAGCUUAUUAAUUGAUGAAGUACAUGUAAAACCUGCAAUUUCUUACAAGGGCAAAGCUUUGUAUGGUUUUGCUGAAAAUGCUGUUAAUACUGAGNAGAGUAUUUAUAGCAUUAUUUAA